AGAAUUCAAUCCAUGAACUGAAAUAAUGGAAAUCUGCAGGACUCAUGGAUCAGGCAGAGAAAAGUAGCCGAUGAGUAGUGUCGCUAAUUAGGCAUUGUAUCUGUUUUAAGGGCAGUUUGACUAUGACGGAGCACUGUGGUGGUUUUAGCGAAAAGGAGGGCGGUGUAGCUAAUUGUUUUAUUUAGCUAGCAAGCUAGCGCCGGAGCUCUGGUAUGUUAGCUUUUGUGCUAGCAGGCUAGGAGAGAUCAGGGGGAGGGGAGAGUUCCUCUGCUUUGAAAUUGUUUCAGAUCAGCUAGCUGGCAUUAGCAUUAGCACACCGGGGACUAACGCUUUCGGGGUGAAGUUUUUUUUUUUAAAGUUUCCGAGCUCUUGUGUUUAUUGCGCAUCUAACUUUUAUGGUGUUUGAUCCGACGUUAGUCCUGUCGGGCUGAUGUUCACGUUGACUAUUUGGUGUUGAGGCAACGUAGCUCGCAAGCUUGCAGCUAACCACAUCAGACAAUACGUCUCAAAUAGGAUUGAUGAAUCGAAUAGCUCAACGCUCACAGUUGACGCUCUCUGGCUGUCUACCGGUAGCUUAGCACGAGUGGCGGCUAGCGCCAGGUAGAAGUUGUCCGGCUGACUAGCUGUAGCUCGCUUGGAGCUAGCAAGUUGGUCAGCGCUUUAACGGGGUAAUUACGACAGAGCGGCGCUCCGCCGGAGACGUAACUACACCAGCUAUUGCCCCCGACGGUGAUUGAGACAAUGGAGUUUAACGUGACGACUACGCAGUGAAAAGGAUGAGUUCGUGCUUUGUACCGAACGGGGCCAGUUUGGAGGACUGCCACUCCAAUCUCUUCUGCCUGGCUGAUUUGACUGGAAUAAAAUGGCGGCGGUUUGUGUGGCAAGGACCCACCUCUUCGCCAAUCCUUUUCCCGGUGACCGAGGAGGACCCUAUCUUGUGUAGCUUCAGCCGAUGCCUGACAGCAGAUGUGCUGAGUGUGUGGAGAAGACACCAAACCCCGGGUCGCAGAGAGCUCUGGCUUUUCUGGUGGGGGGAUGACCCAAGUUUUGCAGAGCUAAUCCAUAAUGAGCUCUCGAGUGAGGAGGAUGGGGAGUGGGAGAGUGGCCUGUCCUACGAGUGUCGAACGCUCCUGUUCAAAGCCAUCCACAACUUAUUGGAGCGGUGUCUCAUGAACCGCGGCUUUGUUCGCAUCGGCAAGUGGUUUGUUAAGCCAUACCAGAAGGAGGAGAAGACCAUUAAUAAAAGCGAGCACCUGUCUUGUGCAUUCACCUUCUUCGUACACGGGGACAGCAAUGUGUGCACAAGUGUGGAGAUCGCUCAACAUCAGCCUCUUCAGCGACUGAACGAGGAAGAUAUCAGCCUCGCCCAGCAGAACUCCAGCCCCUUGCAAGUCAUCCUGAGUCCGUACGGCUUGAAUGGGAGCCUCACCGGUCAGACUUUUAAGAUGUCAGACCACCCGACUCAGAAGCUCAUAGAAGAGUGGAGGCAGUUCUACCCCAUCAGUCCCAAUCCCAAGCAGGUCCCAGAAGACAAAAUGGAGGAUCCGGACUGGGAGGAUGACUCCAUGGCAGCUGUGGAGGUCCUUGUCGCCGGAGUACGGAUGGUUUACCCUUCCUGUCUGGUACUUCUCCCCCUGUCGGACAUCCCUGCUGUGGUCCCGCAGGGCUCAGUCAACACCUCAGGAAGCCUGUGUGGUGCUCCGCAGGGCCAGGCUUCUCACAGGGAUCCUGCCAUGUCCUCCGUCACUCUGACUCCUCCAACGUCACCAGAGGAGGCUCAGACUGAUUAUCAGCCUUCACAGAGGUGGCUCAAGUUGUCUUCUGCAUCGGAUGGCAACAGCUCUAACAACACUCUUCAUGGGGGUAAAAUCCCUCGCAGGCUGGCCAGCCAGAUGGUUGAGUCUGUGUGGCAGGAGUAUAACAUUAACCGUACAGGCAACAAGAGGAAGUUUACUACCUUGACCAAUGGGACCAGUGAGGAGGAGUCGGACAGCACUGGAAUUUGGGAUUUUGUAGAGUGUACCCACAGGCCACAUUGCAACUGCUUACGACAUAAGAAUCAGAAACAGCGGUCCAGCAGCACCUCAGGACACCCGCCUUCAUCAGGCCAGCCUGCCCAGCUGGCCCUGAAACACAAGCUGGGCGAGAAGCUUGAAAAGGGGGACAAGCAGCAGAAGAGGCCGCAGAUGCCUUUUCACCACCGCAAUUAUGUGAGCGAGGAGCAGUCUAUGGAGCCACAGACCCAGAGGCUUUGUUUACGAUCACAGGAGGAGGGCUCAUAUCCCAGCCUGCACCACGUGGACACGGUUCCCUCCAAAGCCCCUACGCUGCACACGCACGGCCCCCCUGCAGACCUCGUCGGUUCGCCGCCUCCCCCUCCACUCAGCCCGCAUCCCUGCGAUCACGUAGAAGGUGACAUGACUCCAAGUGAGAUGAAGAACUCAUCAACGCCCAUUCACCAACAGUUCUACCCGCCUUCAGUGGAGCCCUGUCUGCUGCCACAGAAGGGAACAUCUGAGGAACCUCAGCUGGAGAACAUGCCUAUGCCUCUGCCCUUCCCCCCAGCCUACAGUGAAACCUUAGAACCCACCGUCUUUGUGGGUUCCGCCAUCAACCCCAAUGAAGAUUGCACCCACAACCCUUGGAAGUAUUUCAACCUGCCCAGGAAGAAGGCCUCCAACUUCCUGACUCCCCAGCUACCUGUGGAUAAAAUACGAGAUGAUUCAGGGAGAAGUGCAGGAACAGAAAGCGUCGUCUCUGUCACUGAGUUGAUGUCGGGCUCCACGCAGACCCUAAAGGUGUCCCAGGAGCUGAUCGAGACCUACGCCCAGCGAAGAAACAGCCAUCUUGCCUCAGCCACAGGAGACAGAGAAUACAGUGAUGAGCCAGACCCUUAUGCCUUUGAAGAGGGAGACGAGGAGUUCAGCGUCAAGGACAAAAAGGACAAGCCUGGAGCUGAGCGAGAGGGCAACAAGAAACACAUGGUGGAUGAAGAUACUGCAACAGCAGAUGAUGGUCAGGGCCAACCGGGCAGUAAACCUUCCGCCUCCACCAGCCUCAUCCACGAGAACGACUUGGCUGUGUCCUACAGUGACCUGGAUAAAAUCUUCAAUUCGGAUGAAGAUGAGCUAGCGCCUGGAUCCAAAAGAGCUGGUGUUGGAACAGAGGACAAGUUUGGCUGUAAAGACAAUAAAGCAGCCUCGACGGACCCCCUGUCUUGCAUAAGCUCGGCCGACCUGCAACAGAUGUUUCCCACCCCGCCCUCCCUGGAGCAACAGGGUUAUUCUCCCAUGAACUCCGGGAGUAAAGAUAGUCUGGAAACGGGGACGGGCCUCACCCUUCUGGAUGGCAGCCAGUUUAACAACCACUUCAAGAUGGAGGUGGAGGAGGGAUUCUGUAGCCCGAGGCCAUCCGAAAUAAAGGACUUCUCCUUUGUAUACAAGCCAGAGACGUGUCAGUUGUUAAUCGGCUGUUCCAUGUACGCACCCCUGAAGAUGCUACCCAGCCAGUGUCUGUUGCCUGUCAAACUGCCAGAAGACUGUGUGUACACGCCCAGCUGGACCCUGGGCAAAAUGGAACUAAUACCCUCAGUGACGAACGUCAAUCUCCUCACCAAAGACAGUAACGUCCCCAGUGUGGAGCCGGACUACAGCCAGACCUACACCCCUCAGACCCACACACCCUUCAUGUCCACCAGUGCCCCUCCAAGCAACAGCGGCACAGGCAUCCUGCCCUCCCCGGCCACGCCACGGUUCUCUGUGCCCACGCCACGCACUCCACGGACUCCCCGCGGCCCGUCAAGUGUCCAGGGUUCACUCAAGUAUGACAACUCUGACCUUUACUCCCCUGCCUCCACUGCCUCCACCUGCCGACCUCUCAGCUCCGUUGAGCCGGCCACAGUACCUUCUAUCCCCGAGGCUCACAGUCUCUACGUCACCCUUAUUCUCUCCGAGUCCGUGAUGAACCUCUUCAAGGACUGCAACUUUGACAGUUGCUGCGUCUGCGUCUGCAACAUGAACAUCAGAGGAGCAGAUGUAGGCGUGUACCUCAAGGACAACGGCGAGGCUCAGUAUCCCUGCACUUGUGGCUUCAGCGCAGUCGCCAAUCGACGUUUUGGCCAAUCGGCCGGGCUGUUUCUGGAGGACGAGCUGGACGUUGUGGUGCGAGGCUCAGACGCUAGUCGGGACACGGAGCGGUGUUUCGAAGAGCUGCGAUCUUCCGCAAUGCACAAGCCUGGCAGCCUGAUGGAGAAACCCCCGGAUGAGCUAAUUCUGCUGCUGCAGGACCAGUGCACCAACCCGUUUGCUCCAAUGGCCGGCGUGGAGUACCCUAAGCAAGGCUCGGUCCCCAGCUCCUUUCUGAGGGUGGAAGAGAGAGACUGUUAUAAUGACUGCUACAUGGCCCUGGAGCACGGCAGGCAAUUCAUGGACAAUAUGUCAGGAGGCAAAGUAGAUGAAACGCUAGUGAAAAGCACCUGUCUUCAUCAGUGGCCAAAAUGCAAAUCGGCAGACAUGAACAAGCUAUUCUCUCAGGACGUCCUGCGGGUGUUGUUGUCCCUCCAGCCUGUGCUGCAGGACACCAUUCAGAAGAAAAGGAGUGUGCGCUCUUGGGGCGUUCAGGGGCCGCUCACUUGGCAACAGUUCCACAAGAUGGCUGGGAGGGGAUCAUAUGGUACAGACGAGUCACCUGAGCCUCUUCCCAUCCCCACUUUUUUGGUCGGUUAUGAGUAUGAUUUUGUGGUGCUGUCUCCUUUUGGGUUGCCCUAUUGGGAGAAACUCCUUCUGGAUCCUUUUGGUUCCCAGAGAGAUGUCGGAUAUGUUGUCAUCUGCCCAGAAAAUGAAGCUCUGCUCCGCGGAGCGAAGUCAUUCUUCAAAGAUCUCAGUGCUAUGUAUGAGGCAUGCCAGCUUGGGCAACACAGGCCCAUCUGCAAGAGUCACCCAGAGGGCGUAUUCAAGGUCGGCACCACAGAAGGCAGGAGCAUGACAGAGCAGCCCCUUAGUGACUGGUUCCUUAAGAUGGCUGCCAGAGAUGGAAACAAUGAAGCCUUUAAUAAGCUCAAACUCUUUGCUCAAGUGUGCCGCUAUGAUCUAGCGCCGUACCUGUCGGAACAGUCUCUGGACAGCUCCCUAUUGUCCCAGCGCAGCCCCGUCGUGGCCUCUUCCUCCAACCAGACCUCCAGCUCUUCCAGCACCGCCUCAGGACCCCAGAGCACCAACACUACCAGCUCCAGCACCAGCUCUGCCCAGCCUGCCCAGAUGAACAGCACCCCUCCCUCCUCCACCUCAGGCUCCCAGACAGUCGGGGGAAUGGCUUCAGCCAAGCCGAGCUCUUACUCGCCGUUUGGGAUAGCAGGCGUGCAGGGCAGCACCUCUCAGAAUGGACCCCAGUCAAACCCACAGGGUGCCGGGGGGCUGGCAGAAAAUGGACCCUCUGCCAACCAGCCUCAAGUGCCCACUGAGGCGCCAGAGAGCACAAUGGAGAGGGACAAAGUGGGCAAGCCAACAGACGGAGAAUCCCACGCCGUGUCUUACCCGCCUGCCAUCGUGGUGUACAUCGUCGACCCCUUCAGCUACGAAGACGCCGACAGAGAGGUCCACUCCAGCGCCUACACGCUGGGCCUACUGCGCUGCUACAUGGAGAUGCUCCAGUUCCUGCCACCUCGCAUCAGAAACGCUGUCUCCGUACAGAUUAUCCCCUGCCAGUAUCUGCUGCAGCCAGUGCACAACGGGGAGCGCCAUCUCUACGGCCAGCACCUCAAGUCGCUGGCCUUCUCCGUGUUCACUCAGUGUCGCCGGCCUCUGCCCAACUCCACCAACUUCAAGGCGCUGACAGGUUUUGGUCCCGGUCUUGCCAUCGACAUGGCACUCAGGAACCCAGAGAGACCCGAGUGUCUGCGUCUGUACACGCCGCCUUUCAUUUUGGCUCCUGUGAAAGACAAGCAGACUGAGCUAGGGGAGACGUUCGGCGAGGCCUCCCAGAAGUACAACAUCCUGUUUGUCGGCUACUGUCUGUCCCAUGACCAGCGCUGGUUGCUGGCCUCCUGCACUGACCAACAUGGGGAACUGCUGGAAACCUGCAUUAUUAGUAUUGAUAUACCCAACAGGGCCCGCAGGAAAAAGGGCUCAGCCAGGCGAGUGGGUUUGCAGAAGCUGUGGGAGUGGUGCCUUGGCCUGGUACAGGUGACAUCGCUGCCAUGGCGGGUGGUCAUUGGCCGGCUCGGUAGAAUGGGCCACGGCGAGUUGAGAGACUGGAGUAUUCUGCUGAGCAGAAGGAACUUGCAGUCUCUCAGUAAGCGUCUGAAGGAGACGUGUCGGUUGUGUGGCAUCUCCGCCGCUGACACUCCCAGCAUCCUUAGCGCCUGUCUGGUUGCCAUGGAGCCCCAGGGUUCCUUUGUCAUCAUGCCAGAUUCGGUCUCGACGGGUUCGGUGUUCGGUCGCAGCACCACCCUCAACAUGCAGACGUCGCAGCUGAGCACUCCUCAGGACACAUCCUGCACACACAUUCUGGUGUUCCCCACUUCAGCCAUGGUGCAGGUUAACACCAACACUUCAGAGCCCAUAGACAUCAACUUCAAUCCUAUAAAUCCAGAUGGAUCGGAUGGAAUGGGCAUCUUUGACCUGUUUGACAACGACAUGGUGGAUCCAGACCUCAUCAACAUCUUGCCCAACUCCCCCACAACCUCGCCUGUCCACUCGCCUGGCUCCCACUUCCACCAGGGAGGGGAUGGAGGCAAGGGACAGGGUGCCGAUCGUAUGGAGUCCCAUGAGGAGGCUCUGAACAUCCUGCAGCAGCCGAUGGCUCUGGGCUACUUUGUCUCGACAGCCAAGGCUGGACCACUACCUGACUGGUUCUGGUCCGCCUGUCCUCAAGCCCAGAACCAGUGCCCACUCUUCCUCAAGGCCUCUCUGCACCUGCAUGUGUCUUCUGUCCAAUCAGAUGAGCUCCUGCACAGUAAACACUCCCACCCCCUGGACUCCAAUCACACCUCCGAUGUGCUCAGAUUUGUUCUCGAGCAAUACAACGCCCUCUCCUGGCUGACGUGCGACCCUGCGACCCAGGACCGACGCUCCUGUCUGCCCGUUCACUUUGUGGUGCUCACCCAGAUGUACAACUUCAUCAAGAACAUGCUCUGAACUCUAACGGGAUCAAACUGCUGAGAUGUGAUUGGAUGGCUCGCUCAGUCGAAUCUUGGAUUACCUGCUAUGAAGGAUCCCCGAUUCCAUCAGGGCGAAUGUGGAGGGAUCAUGAAAGUGCUUCUUCAUCCACAUCCUCCUCCCCCGGUGUGUCUCACACAACACCGACGGACUGACUGCAAAGUCGCCAAUCAAUCUAUCAAUCAGAUGCCAAGAAUCCAUUUUAGCAUUUUGGAAGAUCACGGGACAUUUCAUAAAAGGAGAAUAAAUUGUCUUUUUAUUGACUGUAGAUUGCAAUCUAUGAAAUUUUAUCUUAAUGAAAUGCCUGCAUAUAUUAUUUAUUGUAAGUUUUUAAAUGUGGAAUUUUUAAUGCUUAAUAUCUUUUAUAUAUUACAAAUCCUAGAGGUUGUGUACAUCUCACUGUAAAGGAAUUGGUUUAAAAAGUGUAAUUGUCUCAAUUACAUCAUGGAAAAACCUGUUCAGGUGAAUUUGCUGUAGAUUGCUUUUAGAAUAUUAUUUUUUCAAAGGGUACAGACCUUUUUAUUGCCAUGCUGUAAAAAUGAAGAAAAAGCUGGCCUGGGCAUUUGUGUCCCACCCAAUGAGUGGAUGAGACUUACCUCUCUCUCUGCUUUGGCUCCAGAGUCUCUCGCACAGUAACUCAAUGAGCUCUGAAGAGGAAUUAAAAGGUACAUUGUCAGAUUAUAUAUUUUAUAUAACAGAUUUAGGUAAUUGUGUGUGUAUAUGUGUACAUAUCAUUGUGUGCCGCUACUGAUGGUGCAGCUUCUGUUUUAGGAAUAAAGUGCGUCUACAUUAUG